AUGUCGGAAGGAAAGGAAAAGAGCAAAGGGAUAUCCCUCAGGACCAAAAGAAAUAAGAGGCCUGCCAUAAGCGCCCCGAAACAGAUUUCAGGCCCUUUACAACAGAUAGGUGCUGCACCCCGAAGCAAUGGGGGACAGCCCGGACUUAGUCCAGCACAGCAGCGCCCACCAGUCGGCGGCCAGGCUGCCGACCUAGUCAAACGGCGAUACUCUACACGAUUCAAUAAUGCUCCCAGUGAUUACAAUGCUGCUGCCCCUCCAGUACCUUCUCUACCUAAAUUACCACGUCAGAUUGCUCCACAAGAUCGAGGGGGGAGGGGACCAUCUCCAGGAAGAGGCCCAGGACUGAAUGUCGACGUCAAGGCGUUGCGGGACCCCAAUCUUCGUCCGGACCAGUACAUAUCAGGGCUACUAAGUGAUGCAUCGGAGCAAGAUAUCAACGAGUACCAGCAAGCCCUAGAAAAGCUGAGGAACAGGGCUUCUACAGACCUCCAGCAGAACGUCUACCAGAAUCGAACCCAGUUUAUCAAGAUCAGUAAGGAGGCUGAGAAACUUAAGGGGGAGAUGCGUGCACUCAAGAACCUGAUGUCUGACUUGAAGACGAAUACGACUGCUCUUAGAGCCGCGUCAUCAAAAGGGCCAGUUUCAUCAAAUGAUUUCGACUCGGGGUACCCUUCCACGUUGAGCCGUCGAGACAGGAGGAGUUCCGUAGCGGAUCGUAGCGCAAUGUGGAAUUCUCAACUACAGGCAUUGUGGAAGACUGUUGAAGGGUCUCAAAAGUUUCUCCCGGCUGUUCCAGGUCGACACGUGGUUCAGAAUGCCGGUCUUUGGAUCGAGCUGGAUAACGCGACAUGGAAGUCCCGCAGGGCUAUGCAGAUCAUUUUGCUGAACGACCAUUUGCUCAUUGCAUCGAGAAAGAAGCGUAAGGUCGAAGGAAACGGAGCUGAUCAGCGGCAAGCCCCUUCCAAGCUUGUGGCAGAUCGCUGCUGGCCCUUGCUGGAUAUUGAGAUGGUUGAUCUGGCUGGCACCAGCGAAUCGGCAAGUGGCCGUAACAAGGUGGCCGAUGCCAUCAUGAUUCGGGGGGUUGGCCAAGAGUCUUUUACUUACCGAACUGAAAAGCCUGAUGACAACGAGAAGCAGUCCCUCAUGAUGAACUUUAGGAAGGCGCUAGAAGAAAUGCGCAAAGGACUGCGAACGGAAAUGGAAUCCAGCAACAAAGCUAAGGAGACCAUCAACUAUUUUGCGUCACGAGAUCCUGGAUUGCUGAAGAAGACUGAGCUGCUGGAGACCCUGUCGGACAUCAAAGACAUGCUUAUCGAAGUGGAGGGUAAGCAGCAGAACCUUCGCUGGGUUGAGAGUCAGAUAGAUGAGCUCGACAUCGAUAUCGCUUUGCGACGUUUUGAUGAGGCAGUGCAACGUGUGGAGAAGCUCAAUGCCCUUGCAAAGAGCCUGAAGAACAACAUUGUGGCCCAAGACUUUAUCAGCUUCAAGGCUGAGGAGAGGUCGAGUAAGCUCGCAGGACUCAUCACUCGCGAACUUGUUGACACUCAUAACGAGCCGAAGAAGACGAAAAGGAACGUCAACUGGCUUGCUCGUUUAGGCUUCGAAGACCGUGCGAGAGAAGCGUAUCUAGAAGCUCGAAGCACCAUAAUCCAGAAAAGAACGAGACAAUGUAUCUUCGAGGGGAAUCUCCACCAGUAUAUAUGGGAAGUCUCUUUCGUAUAUUUCACGAUCAUCCGCAACACAGUGUCUACAUUCCAGACAUGUUUUCAAGCGGCGGUCAUGAGCGCAUGUGUGAAAUGGGCCAAGGAACAGGUCGAUGAUUUUAACGUUAUUCUUGCAAGGCAGUUGAGUGGGACUGAACGAGGUGGGCCCCUCUGGACGGAAUGUAUGAACCAGGCGAAAGAACACGCCAAGAUGUUAUCUGAAGUUGGCCUGGACUUCAAGAGUCUGAUAGGGCGUGGGAGCUCAGAUUUGGACCCAAAGGGACCGAUAGGCUUGGGCCUGGUGUAA